AGAGUGGAAGCUGUUAAAGCUGCAAAGCUGUCUGUGUUUUCAGAAUGUCUCAAGGGGUCAGGUGUCCCAUUACGUUUGUCUAUACAGUGUAUUUUAUUUUGAAAGUGGGUUGGAUGGGUUUCCCUCUGUUAGAGGUUAGAAGGAGGAGAUUUUGAGGGGGGAGAUUUUCUUAAGGCCAUGGACAAACUGCAGCUCCUUCCUUCUUUCUCUGAUUCAGUAGGAGCUACAGGAAAGAAGCAAAUACUGUGAGAAGGUUUGAACUUUACAGGACAAACAGCAGAACUACAGACUGACUGUCAGACGGAUGCAGAGCUGUAGAGGACUGUGAACUUACUGUUGACCUGCUGACUUUAAAAUACAUUCUGUGGGACUGACCUCUUUUUGAGAAACCUGGCUGCAGAAGAACUCACACAGCAGAGGAAAAGAGAAAAGAUCGUCACAGACAUUAAACUUAUCCUGUGCCAAAUGUAUGUUAUUCUAAUCACAUGUAAACCUGCAGGAGGAGACACAUCCUCACAAACAGAAGUGCAGGAAGAGGCGGAGCAGCACUGGACAGCUUCAACGUCACAUCACUGAAAUGAAACCUAAACUGUCAGAGCUGCAGUCAAGACGAGUUUCUGUGUUUCUGACUGAAGAAGUAAUGAACUGAGUUCAUCAGGUUUUUCUCAGCAACUGACGAAAACACUGGUGAGUGCAGCUGAUAAUAUUUAAGUGUGCAGAUAUGUUUGCUGCCAGCAGUCUGCUGUCUGAAGACCAGUUUCUGUGCUCCAUCUGUCGGGAUGUCUUCACUGAUCCAGUCACCACAUCAUGUGGACACAACUUCUGCAAAACCUGCAUCACUGAGCACUGGAACACCAAUGAUAGGUGCCGAUGUCCCAUGUGUAAACGGGUUUUCACCACCAGGCCCGACUUAAAGGUCAACACCUUCAUCUCUGAGAUGGUUGCUAAGUUCAGACAGUCAGCUCAACAGGAAGCCAGCAGCAGCUCAGAGCAAGAAGUUUCCAAUCCAGGAGAAGUUCCCUGUGACAUCUGCACUAGAACCAAACUGAAGGCCCUGAAGUCCUGCCUGGUGUGUCUGGUCUCCUACUGUGAGACUCACCUGGAGCCUCACCUGACAUUGUCAGGCCUGAAAAGACAUCAGCUGAUUGACCCUGUGGAGAACCUGGAAGACAGGAUGUGUAAGCAGCAUGAUAAACCUCUGGAGCUCUUCUGUAAGACCGACCAGAUGUGUGUCUGCACUCACUGUCCUGCUUUAGACCACAAGACACAUGAAGUUGUUCCUCUGAAAGAAGGAUAUGAAGAAAAGAAGGCAAAGCUGGGGAAGACAAACACUGAACUUCAGCAGAUGAUCCAGGAGAGACGACUGAAGAUUCAGGAGGUCAAACACUCAAUGAAGCUCAGUAAGCGAAAUGCACACAUGGAGGUAGCAGAAGGUGUUCGGGUCUUCACUUCUGUGAAGGAGUCUGUGGAGAGAAGCCUGAAAAAGCUCAUCGAUGGAAUCCAGGAGAAACAAAGAACGACACAGAAACAGGACGAAGGCUUCAUCAAACUGCUUGAACAGGAAAUCUCUGAGUUGAUGAAGAGAAGCACUGAGGUGGAGCAGAUCUCAAACUCUGAAGACCACGUCCAUCUUCUCCAAAGAUUCCCAUCUCUGAAGGUUGUCCCUCCCACUAUGGACUGGUCAGAUGUCAGUGUCCCUCCAGCAUCCUAUGAUGGGACUGUGACGAGAGCUUUGGUUCAGCUGGAGGAGACACUCAGUGAACGGACGAAGAAGCUUCUCGCUGAGGCUGAGCUGAAGAGGGUCCAGCAGUAUGCAGUGGACGUGACUCUGGAUCCUGACACGGCACAUCCUGAACUCAUCCUGUCUGAUGAUGAGAAACAAGUGACUCAUGGUGAUGUGAACCAUCUUCCGAACAACCCAGAGAGAUUUUCUCAUUAUAAUUUUCUUUUAGGAAAGCAGAGUAUCUCUUCUGGCAGAUUUUACUUUGAAGUUCAGGUCAAAGGGAAGUCUAAGUGGAAUCUGGGAGUGGUCAGAGAGUCGAUAGACAGGAAGGGAGAAGUUACAAUGAGACCUGAGAAGGGUUACUGGACAAUAUGGCUGAGAAAUGGAACUGAGUACAAAGCUUUUGAUGACCCUCCAGUCCGUCUCUCUCUGAAGUCUCAGCCCCAGAAGGUGGGGGUGUUUGUGGAUUAUGAGGAGGGUCUGGUCUCCUUUUAUGAUGCAGAAGAUGCAGCUCUGAUCUUCUCCUUUACUGGCUGCUCCUUCACUGAGAAACUCUUCCCAUUCCUUAGUCCCUGUAGGAAUGAUGGUGGUAGAAACUCUGCACCUCUCAUCAUCUGUCCAGUCAAUCAAACUGUCUGAUCUUUCCCUUUCAUGCAGUAGAGCAUUUGUGAGGUCACACACUGAUGUUGGACCAAAAGGCCUGGCUCACAAUCUCCGUUCCAGUUCAUCCCAAAGGUGUUGGAUGGGGUUGAGGUCAGGGCUCUGUG